GAGAGUGAAGGGGACGGGGACGAACUGUUACGUUUGUUUUGUUUGUGCUUGUAGUGGAUACACAUUACGGGAACGAAAACAGUUACAUGUAGUUUGUGCUUGUAGUGGAUACACUUCUUCCGCUAAGAUGUGACAAUGGAUGUUUCCUAAUUCCUAAAUGAGAACUCGCUACCAGAUUCAAGUUUUAGUUGUGAUUACUAAAACGAAGUUUUGAGAAAGGGACCUAAGAGCUUUGUUUUUUCAAAGAUGGGAAAGUCAACAAUGGACAUUUUAGUGAAGUCCAUUAGCUGCCUACCUUUCAUUCUAACUGUAUCAGGAGUAUUUGGCUCCAACCCCUGUGAUCCGGGAUGGUAUGGAGAACUUUGUGACAAGCGUUGCAGUGCUAAGUGCCUCUCUCAUUCAGACAACAAUAUCUAUUGUGAGAAACACUACGGAGCAUGCUCACUGGGUUGUGUUCCUGGAUGGUAUAACGAAAACUGCAUUAUCCCUUGUAGCACGAAUUGCAUCGGUGAUAUGUGUAAUCAACAAACAGGGCAGUGCACAAAAGGUUGCAAAGGAAACUACAGAGGGGCUUUGUGUGACGUACCAGAAGUGACAAGAAACGAUCCACCACCAAGACACGACCAAGAAGUGACAGAUGGAACCAAGCGAGCCAUCCUAAAUAUGGUCUUCGCCGCUGGUGUGUUAGCUGUCGUCAUAGUAUUGACAACCAUCACUGUGGCUCUCUUGGUGAGACGCUUUUCCAGCACUUACCGGUAA